AUGUCCACGUUUCAUGUGGAGGAUCCCCAUAAAGCCUUCGCCAUAGCAUGUGUCCAUGGUCCAGCGGCACUGUUUAUCACAAUGAUAGCCAACUCGAAGAAGAAGCAGCAGCUAUUCCGAGAAGUCUGGGAGAAGGAGACCUUUGAAACCGAGGACAUGAGUGAGACGCUAGACUCAGAGGACUUCGACUGCAUUGACGUUGACCACGAAGAAUCCGCUGACGAUGCCCCUCGUCCUCGUAGAUCAGAGGAAGAUGAAGCUGAAAUGGAUCCAACCACAACACCCAAAGGAAAAGCGACUCCUACUCCCACAAAGUCCCGUAAAGACAAGCCACCACCCACAUCUACCAAGACAUGGAAGAAGUGA